AUGCCUUACUACGACUACGUCGACGACAAGCGAACCUUCCAACGCGGCAUCUUCUCAUUAUUUGCAUUGGUACUUGCAGGCCUCUGCUUCGCCAAUCCCGGUGGUAUCUUCAGAUCAGAAAAGAAGUACGAGCCUCCCAGCCGCGACAAGCAAUGGCCUCGCAAUCGCAGAAGCCUGUCCGAGUCGGAUUCGUCAAGCAGCAGCAGUGGCAGCCAGAGCAGCCUAGACGAACCCCUUCCCUCGAGAAGAGCUCACUAUCCAACUUCUUCGAGGGAUGGAACGAGGGCUCGUUAUUCCUACCCUCCGGAUCAGGACUAUGCCCUCCACACGCACCAUCACCACAGCCAUCACCAAAGACACAACUCUCCUCAGUCAACCCUUUCGAGAGCAGAAGACCCCUUCGCUUGGGAGAACACUCUCAAGGGGCUUUGA